GAGGAUGUUGGCAGAUGGAAAUGCCAGACAGCUGUUCAAGGUCAUUAAACGCAUUCGACGGCAGGACUUGCUAUUCCCUCCUAGCUACUGGUCUGUGCAGAAGGAAUGCAGGAAGUUGAACCGGAAUGCAAAAUGGAUUCGGCACCAUCGUAUCUAUGCAUCUGAAUGUGAGGUGAAUGUUCCCGUGGCCCGCUCCACCUUCAUGACCAAAUUCCCAGAAGCUGCAAAGUACAUCACCACUCGUCGUGAGAUGGAGGUAUUGCAUGACUUGGCAGGCAACGCAAUGGCGGUUCGAGUCAUCACCGCCCUUUUAGCUGUGGUCAUGAGUGCCACAAAACCAGAGAGCAUGACUUUGCAGCAGGCCAUCGGACAAGUCUGCCUCGGUCCACUGCUUUCUCUUGCACAUGUACUGGUCUGCUGGGGAGCCAAUGACCAAGGAGUGAUGAAGUCGAUUGACCACGCCUGGAGGAAGCUGCGAUCACUGAAUCAAGAGCUGCCACGAGAGUUGCUUGGAAAAUUGGGUCUGUGGUGCCUUCAGAAGAAACUGUCCCCGCUGUUCCGCAAGAGCAACCUCGAGUUCAUCAUCGAACAUGUGGUUCGAAACUGGUGCAAGAUGAUGCCACUGACAGCAACAUUGAAAAACGCCUAUCGUGGCCGACCCUCUGAUGAAGACCAGAACAUGAAAGUCCCCCAAAGCUUCUCAUUCAUGUGCAGAGAAGGGUCAAAUUUGGCUCUGAAUCUUGUUGAGUCUGGGGUCAUGGCUGAUUCGGCGGGUUCUGUGAAACAAGAUGUUGGUAGCGACCCCAUGGAACAGCUUCGGGCCUACUUUGUGAUUACCCGACUGGUAACCGAGCGAAGUGCCGAUGUGGACCCCAAGCCUACUUUGUCUCUGGUCCCACAAGCUAGCUUGCAGGAGUUCUGGCUACCACUGCAUGCUUUCCACCUGGGGGAAAGUGUGGGCUAUGUGUCGAGCGAAAAGCAGGCACCGUCGGCUCUGGACCUGCUUGGCGCGAUCAACCAGGCGAUUGCCGUCGAGAAGAGAGUCCCAUUGGACUUGCUCAUGCCCGACUUUUGGGUCCCGGGCAUGACGUCCCGACAAGAAUGUAGCAAGUUCGUUGGGAAGCCUUUGUGGCAACAAAUCCUGCAAACUUCAGGGGAGGUGUCAGUGCUAUCAUUCCACACUGCCCUGAAGAAAUCUGCCCAAUGUGAUGAAGACCAAAGUGUGUUGCUCUUCGACAUCUGCUGUGUUUGGAUUUGGCUGCGACGUCACACGGUCAACGAGUUCCCUGGCAACGUGGUGGACCAGCAUGACGCCCUUUUCAUGAAGGGGAGCGAGAAGGAAUCUGCAAAGCGGCGUGUCAAGUUGAUUCAACAGCUGGAGGAACUUCAUUCACGGGCAUGGGAUUUGGUUGGAACCUACCUCACUGCAAAUUUGCGGAUCUUUGGGGGGUUGGCAAAGGAAGCUGAAAGCACUGUGCUACCGGUUCUCAGCACAUGGAUAGAUGAAGCAUUCCAAGAAGUCCCCGAAUGUCGUGCACCAGAAGAUCACGGACUGGUGAUCUGGGCAAAUUUGCCCACAUGUGGAGUGAUUUCAGUCCAUCGCUACGAGUGGUGCAUCACAUCCAUCUCCAACCUUCUUGCCAAGUUCAAACGGAAUGGGAUUGCCAUUUUGGUUCAUCCUAAUCGUGGACAGGUUUCUGAGAGGUGCAAAGAGGAUCCCGAGGACACCAAGGAGGAGCCUGAUGAACUGAUGGCCGAGGUCAAAAAGGAUGAGCCAGACGACUCUGACUCGGAUGGUGAGCCUGAUCAGGCUGGCCCCAAUGCGGAGGACAAUGACAUUCGGGACAUGUGCUACAAGCUUGAGAAAGACUUAUGCUUGAAGGAUCGCAACCUCACUGUGCGAAACAUCAUGUGGGUGUUCAACAAGGAUAGCGUGUAUGGGCGCAGAGAUGGCGCCAUCACUGGACUGGCGGUGGUUGCUGCAGGGACGGACAUCGUGAAAGCAAGCCUCCGAGCCUUUGUGCCGCAGAGCAUGGCUACGAUCAUGCUUGUCGAUUUGGUGAGCUAUGAUGCAUUUCCUGCAUUGGCCGCUUUGGAGGAGGUGUCGAGUGGCAAUCGUGUGAUGUGCGGCUCGGUGAUGCUCAAUGGUGAUCCUGGCACUUUGCAGCACAGAGUUGCCAAUGCACUGUAUGACUCGUGCAGAUCGGGGAGUGGUGUGUGCCCCAAUUUCCCAAACUUUGAUCCCGUGAUCGGUGCUCUACGUGAGUCUUCAGUGGUGGAUUCAAAUGUCAACUACAAGGUGUGCGUUGCCAAACAGAGCAAGUUGCUGGUACUUCAAAGUUUGGCGAGACGAUGGACUGAGUAUGAGGCUUCCAAGGAGGAAGCGGUGAAGCUCAUCCAAGAGCACAACAAGCAUUUCAAUCCAGAUGGUGACUUCAUGGAAAAUGAUGAGAGGCCUGCAGCAAAUCCAGAUGCUGAUCGUGCAGUCAAGCGGAUCAAGCUGUCAGACCUCAAGACGUGCACAGAGGCAGACAUCUCCAGCUUGCAGAAACCGAGGAAGUUCAACAUCAAUGGUGCUGCGGAACUGAUCACAGAUGAAUCUGGGGAGAGCUUGUACUUGGUCGCUCGGUCUCGCAACCAGUUUCUCACCAACCGCGAGAUGUUUCUUGGCUACUUAUUUGACUGGAAGGAAGCAAAUGAAAUCACAAGUGAUGCUGAAGGGCGCUGGUUCUCUUUCAAUGUCAGCAUGAAAACGGUGGUGAUCAUGGAACGUAAGACGUUGCCUAGUCACCUUCAAAGCCUCCCCUUUGUUGACAACCCGGUGGAACUCGCAACUGUCAUUCGGGAGCUUGAAGAUGCGGGGGAGGUGAAGCUUGCCAUUUCGCACCACUCCAUGAAUGCAGCUCAUGAUGAAAUUUCUGUGGACAAGUUGGAUGCCGCUGGAGAAAAUGGUUUGAAGACCCUGACUCCGAUUCGGCCGGUGGCAUGCGUCGCCGGCAUUCUGGAUGCAUUUGAUCUUGGCAAAGUCAUGCAGACCACUCGGUCCAGUUCCGCCUCAGCAUCGUCAAGGCCUAGUGCAGCACCUGGGACAAGGGCAGCUGUGGCAGCCCCAGCUGUGGCAGCCCCAGCUGUGGCAGCCCCAGCUGCCGCAGUGCCGGGCAAGAAGGGCAAUGAGGAUGAUGAUGAAAGCGAUGACCUUGAUGGGUUGGAAGGUGUUUUGGAUCGGGGAAGUGAUAAGGAAGUCAAACGCAAACCCGGAACCAAGACCAAAGAACAUAGCAAGAAGCGUCCUGCAGCCUCCCGGGGAUCCAAGAAAAAGGAUGACCACGUUCCUUUCGAGUUUGAAGUUGAAGGGAAUGGUGAUCAAGAAGUUGUACUUGAUCUGCCUGAAACGUCGGGUUCUGCUGGCCUUCCCGCAGAAAGUGUUGCUGAAUUCAUAGCCUACGCCUGCGCUGUUGGUGUUCCCAAAGAUGCAGCCAUGGGCACUGGGGAUGUGUCAACUCAUGACUACCCAACACAAGACUAUCCCCUGCCGGACUAUGACAUGUGCGAUGAUGCAGGGGUGCCCCAUCAUGAUGAUCAACCAGUAGAUGCUACAGCAGCAGAUGCUCUUUCUGAUGUGAUGAGCCGCUCGCCAUCGUUUCUCAGUCACACAGGGACGGAGAAGAAGGAGAAUGAUGAAGUUCGUGGUAAUGCUCUGGAGAGUGUCGCUGAGGCAAUCCGCGGUUGUGUUGAGCAUUUGCCAACGGAUGCUAUGGAAUGUGGUGAUGAUAUGUCGCCUGCUGUGGGAGGGCCUGAGACAAACUUUGCAGUGGAGGUUUUGUCAGGAUGCUCUACCGAGAUUGAAACUGAUGUGGAUGUGGCCACAGCCAAGGCAUUGGCCAAAAAAAAGGCAUCCCCGAAGGCAAAGGCAUCCCCAAAGGCAAAGGCGUUGGCCAAACGAAAGCCCACACCGAAAACCAAAGCUACGAAUGCUAGCACCAAACACAAGGAUGAUGUUGAACGCAAGAUGCACUCCGGGCGGGCUGCAAUCUUCAGUCAUCAAUCCAGACUUGGAAGUGAAGUCAUGGGUGGGCUGCAAUCUUCAGUCAUCAAUCCAGACAUGGAAGCUUCUGAAGUCAUGGGUGGGCUGCAAUCUUCAGUCAUCAAUCCAGACGUGGAAGUGAAGUCAUGGGUGGGCCUUGAGAAGUGCAGGCACGACGCGGCGCCAGUGAGCUUGUUCUCUUCGAACCCCCCGCGCUGGAACAGAAUCGUUCUCACUGCAGGCAUCAGUCUCACCACAUUAGAAAGUGGAAUCCUUCUCAAUCUGCGGCGGACGGGCUCCAACUUGAGCCCUUUCUGCACAUUGCAGACCAUGGCGGCCAAGCUUUGUCGAGGAGUGCUUGAGGCUGGUCUCUCUUCAGCCUGGCUGCUGGCGGCCACAUUCAGCACCACCACGGCCCGGUUGUUCUGCAAGGUCACACGUCCUUCAACAGGGAUGGACAUCUUGUGCUCUAUGGUGGGCGACGGGAUGAUGACGAUGUUUCGAGCCGAGAGCUAUAAACGAUGGACUGAAGGUGACAGACGUGACUUGGCCUCUUGCUUGAAGAAAGCCUUUGGGUGUGAUGCCUUGUUGGCGCUGCUUACCCAUGUGAAGGAGGCUGUUGAGCGCAUGCAGAAGACGUGCUUAGCCAUCGCUUGCUUGGCUUCCCCAAUUCCCGGAUUUCUGGAUUCAAGCCCGGCUGAUGUUGAAUGGGUUCUCAAGUGCAAAGGUGACAAUUCCAUGGUCACUUACGUGCGAGAUGCCUUCAAAGAUUCAGAGGCUUGGACCAAACUCAAUGAUGAGCUCCUUGCCAAGCAUUCUUCAGCUUUUCUCGUGUGGCAAAAGGUUCAAGACCGCACCUUCGGUCUUAAGAAGAGACCUGUUGAGCAGGAGGUCAUCAUCAUGGCAAUUGACAAGCUGGCGAGUUGGAAGAAGGCAACACGAAGACCCACGCAAUAUCGAAAUAUUUGGGAUGCCUUGGAUGUGGGUUCCAGUUGGCAUAUCCCACUUGAUAU